GAGGAAGUCUUGGGGACAUUCCCAAACAGCGGGAGUGCCAAGAGUUUGCACAGGAACUUCCUUGGAUGCUUGCAUGAGGAUCUGUGAAGGUGUUUUGGAUCCAAACAAGAUAAGAAUUUAAACCCAGCCACUUCUGCCUCUAAAACUACCCUGAAUUAAUGUGUUGCAUGGCUCAAGAUGGAUUAUUAGUUAGCAGGAUUUAUUCAGGAUAACAUUUCAUAAGACACAAAGACAUGAUUUCUCAAAGACAUCAUAAGACCUAAAAUUGCUGCAAAUUGCAGCCAUUCAAACUGAUUUGAUUUUUAUCAUUUGGACACUUGGAGAAGAAGAGCUCAGGAGUAGCACGGACAGCCCAUCAAGUGGACUCUCUAAAUAUGUCCCUGCAUUCUCAGUACACCUGCAUAGACGUGUCCCUGCAAUCUCGGGACACCAGCACAUGCGGGUCCCUGAACUCUCAAGACACCUCCACUGGCGAGUCCCUGAACUCUCAGGACACCUGCACAGAAGUGUCCCUGCACUCUCGGAAUAACUGCACAGACAGAUUGUCCCUGCACUCUUGGGACACCUGCACAGACAGGUCCCUGCCAUCUCAAGACACCUGCAAUGACGGAGUAUCUGUCUGGAGCUCACGCAACAUGCCCUGCAGACACUUCCUCUCUGACAACUGCAUCUAUGUUGUGGAGAAGUGCAUGAGCUCCAUGCAGAUGGGCACCCAGAUGGUGAAGCUGCGUGGAGGCUCCAAGGGCCUGGUGCGCUUCUACUUCCUGGACGAGCACAAGUCCUGCAUCCGCUGGAGGCCAUCGCGCAAGAGUGAGAAGGCCAAAAUCUCCAUCGACUCCGUGCGGGAGGUGUGUGAGGGAAAGCAGUCCGAGAUCUUCCAGCGUUACUCAGAAGGCAGCUUUGAUCCAAACUGCUGCUUCAGUCUGUACUACGGGGAGCACAUGGAGAGCCUGGACCUGGUGUGCGGCACUGCGGAGGACGCACGUACCUGGAUCACUGGCCUCAAGUACCUGAUGGCCGGAAUCAGCGAUGAGGACAGCCUGGCCAAAAGGCAGCGCACACGUGACCAGUGGCUGAAGCAGACCUUCACUGAGGCAGACAAGAACGGAGAUGGCAGCCUGAGCAUCAGCGAGGUCCUUCAGCUACUGCACAAGCUCAACGUAAACCUGCCACGCCAGAAGGUCAAGCAGAUGUUCAAGGAGGCUGAUACCGAUGAUAACCAGGGUACUCUGGACUUUGAGGAGUUCUGCUCCUUCUACAAAAUGAUGUCCACCCGCAGAGACUUGUACCUGCUCCUGCUUUCCUACAGCAACCACAAGGACCACCUGGAUGCAGGGGACCUGGCCCGCUUCCUGGAGACACAGCAGAAGAUGACCAAAGUGAACAAGGAUCACUGUCUGGAGAUUAUCAACAAGUUUGAGCCGUGCUCGGAGAACCAGAAGCAGGAAGUCCUGGGAAUCGAUGGUUUCACCAACUACAUGCGCAGCCCGGCAGGAGAUAUCUUUAACCCGGAGCACUACAGCGUGACUCAGGACAUGAGCCAGCCACUGUGUAACUACUUCAUCGCCUCCUCACACAACACCUACCUGAUGGGGGACCAGCUCAUGUCCCAGUCCAGGGUGGACAUGUAUGCCUGGGUGCUGCAGGCAGGCUGCCGCUGUGUAGAGGUGGACUGUUGGGAUGGGCAGGACGGGGAGCCGAUCGUCCAUCAUGGAUACACCCUCACCUCCAAAAUCCUGUUCAAAGACGUCAUUGAGACCAUCAACAAAUAUGCCUUUGUCAAGAACGAUUACCCGGUCAUCCUGUCCAUAGAGAACCACUGCACAGUCCCUCAGCAGAAGAAGAUGGCGCAGUACCUGGUGGAUAUCCUAGGAGACAAACUGGACUUGUCCAACAUCAGAGUGGACGAGCUGGCAUGCCUGCCGUCUCCUGAGAUGCUCCGAGGCAAGAUCCUGGUCAAGGGAAAGAAGCUCCCGCCAAACAUUGACCAAGAUGCGGAGGAGGGUGACGUGUCUGACGAGGACAGUGCAGACGAGAUGGAGGACGACUGUAAACUUCUCAAUGGAGAUACCUCAGCCAACAGGAAGCAGGUGGAGAACUUGGCCAAGAAGAAACUGGACAAUCUGAUGAAAGAGUCCAAGAUCCGGGAUCGCGAAGACCCCGACAGCUUCACCAUCAUGGCUCUUUCUGACAAAACGGGCUCUAAGGGAAAACUUGAAGACGGCACUGACACAGAUGAGACCAACCCCAGUAGCACCAAGCCCAGUGGACGAUCCUUCAUCGGCAGCUUCUCCAAACGCAAGAAAAAGACAAGGAAGAUGAAGAAGAUGUCGAGUGUAGAGGACACUGACACAGACCAGGAAAGCAGUAGCAGUGCAUCACGGGCACCUCCACAUAACAAGAAGAAGAAAACCAUGAAGCUGUCCAGAGCUCUGUCUGAUCUGGUGAAAUACACACGCUCUGUGGGGCUGUACGACAUCGACACACAAGCAAACUGCAGCUGGCAGGUGUCCUCCCUGAGUGAGACCAAGGCUCACCAGGUGAUGCAGCAGAAGCCAAUCGAAUUCAUCCACUUUAACCAGAGACAGCUCUCCCGCAUCUACCCCUCGUCCUACCGCAUCGACUCCUCCAACUUUAAUCCCCAGCCCUUCUGGAAUGCAGGCUGCCAGCUAGUUGCCCUGAACUACCAGUCAGAGGGACGUGUCCUUCAACUCAACAGAGCCAAGUUCUACAGCAACGGCAACUGUGGCUACAUCCUCAAGCCCAUGUGCAUGUCUGAAGGUGCCUUCAACCCAAACCUGGACGACCCUAUGCCUGGCCAGAUGAAGAAGCAGCUGGUGCUCAAGGUCAUCAGUGGGCAGCAGCUGCCGAAGCCAAAGGACUCCAUGCUGGGGGACAGAGGAGAGAUCAUUGAUCCUUUUGUGGAGGUGGAAAUCAUUGGCGUACCCGUGGACUGCUGCAAAGAACAGACCAGGGUCGUCGAUGAUAAUGGCUUUAACCCUAUGUGGGAGGAGACCCUGGUGUUUGUGGUGCACAUGCCGGACCUGGCCCUGGUACGCUUCCUGGUGUGGGACCAUGAUCCCAUCGGGCAGGACUUUAUCGGCCAGCGUACCAUCGCCUUCAACAGCAUGCUGCCAGGCUAUCGUCAUGUGUACUUGGAGGGUAUGGAGGAGGCUUCCAUCUUUGUUCAUGUGGCAGUACAUGACAUCACUGGUAAGGCCAAAGCAGCCACAGGCAUAAAAGGCCUGUUUCACAGAAACCCAAAGCAGUCUUCCCUGGACAGCACUGCUGCUGUGCAGCAGAGUCGUAAGCACCCGUUUGGGUCCCACCUACUGCGCCGUACCGCCAGUGCACCCACCAAAGGCCAGCCCAAGACCAAGAAGGGCUUCCCAGAGGUGGCCAUCGACACCAAAGACUACAGCUCUGAGGGUGCCAGUGAUGAACGGGAGUCUGCCUCUCAGCCCACACUACCACAGCAGCACAACGGGGACUCGCACGCAGCCCCUCAGGCCAAGAGCCCAUGGGACCACCCCGGUACCAAUGGUGCCCUCCAUCCAGAUGAGAGCAAAGACUGGUGCAUUGUCUUGACACCAGCUCAUCACCAUGCAUUCCUUCUCCAAGAGCCAGACAUCACUGUUGACCGAUGCCUGCCCCUCUCUGUCUCCCUCCCAGAAGACAGCAUGUCCUCUCUCUGCUCUAGGCCCUUUGCAGCUCAUGUCAAACCUCUGCCCUAUCCCAGUGGCGCUCCUCAUAGUACUAGAGAUGUGUCAGGGCUCUCCUGUGUGUCUCAUGAGAACAACAGGGGCACCAAACAGCUCACUUCACUCACACAUUUAAACAGCAGCACUCCUAAGCCCAUGGAAUAUUCUACAGCACUGAUGGAGCUUGAACUAAGUCCACUUGAAAAAAAUGGCCCUGAACAGCAGAGGUGCCGGAGAGCUAAGCCGCUGGAGCCCAGCAGAAGCCCAGCUAUCCCCACAUCCCCUCUCACAACCCUCCCUACACCUCCUGCUCUUCAGCCCCAGAGAGCCCUGUGCUACAAUGCACCCCCCAGGACCCCCGUAAGAAGGACCAAAAGUGAAGGCUAUGUGCAGACAGUAGGAGCUUCAGGAGGAGCAAUGUCAGUGGUCCCUCAGGUCUGCACUGAUGCUACUCUGUGUGACCGCCUCUGGAGCAAACUGGACCCUCCCAAUAGGGACAGCAUGUCCUCGUCCUCCAGUGUGUCCUCCAGUGACACGGUCAUCGACCUGUCCCUGCCCAACCUGUCUCGUCAGAACCUCCCGUGGCCAGGCCACCCCCACACCCCGCUAAUUUCAUGUUCUUCUGUCACCAAGAGCAAGUCCAAUCCCAACCUCCAGCAGACCCUUGCACCCCUGCUCCCCUGUUCCUCUGCACACAUCACUAAGUCCAACCCUAACCUCCAGCAGACUCCAGUCACAUUUCACACCGCCAAGUCUGGCCCUCUGCAGUCCUCUGCAGACUCUCCCAGCAGACUGUCCCAGCGCCGCCACACAUGGAGCCGGCUUUUCAUGGAGGAGCUCCUGCAGUCAGGGGGGCCACCGGCCACAGCCUCUAUGUCCAAGAGUCUGGGUGACCUGACCUCAGACGACAUCUCCCCACGAUUCGACAGUAAGUACCGCAGCAUCAGCAGGAGCUUCGUCCUUCGUCCCUCUCGAGAUGCUCUUAGAUGGGGCCGCCCUGGUCCCCCAGCUGACACCUUCACAACACAGCUUCGCAGGCUCACAGAUGUGGAGCCCCUCACUGCUGCAGACCUGGCCCCUCCGAUUGUGCAGGAGUCCCAGGAGUGCAGUGUCGACGAGGGGCUGGUGCGUCGGGCAUCCUCACGGAGCCAGAGUCGUGUACGUUACAUCGCCAACAGAGCCAAGAAGGCCCAGGAGAGGCAACGGCUGCAGGGGCUGUGCCAGGGCAGCACGGUCACCCCCAUAGAGGAGCGCGGGAACCCAGAGGGAGCCUGCUGUGUGACCCAAAGCCCCUGCUCCAGCCUAGACCUUCUGAGCCAGCUGGCCCCACUCACUCCCAGAGGCCCCCAGCCCUCCACAGAUCCUGACAGUGGGUUGUGUUACAUGUUCAAACUCUAACCACUCACUCAUAACCUCUGCUUCAAAAGUCUAAGAAUAUUUAAGUCCUGUUCAGACUGUAUGCUGCAAACACAUUAGUCACUAUUGGUCCUCUCCAUCUCCUGUAUCCUGUAUACACACUAGAGAAAAAAAAUAAAAUAAAAACUUAAAGUGAAGAUGCAAAUAAUGAACAAAUACUGUACUGUCAUUGAUUCAUUGAAGUUUCUAUUUUCUGUUUUAAGGCCCGUUCACUUGCACUGGCUCUCAUAUUCAGACUAGUCUCCAUAAAAGGAACUUUGAAAGGACCACGAUGUUGUGGAUUGUCUUCUGAACAAAAACAGCUCUGUACUGUUAGAAACCAGAAUGUACUGUUUUUAUGUGUAAAAUGAUGCGCUGUGGUAGCAAUAGGACAAGAGAAGAGGGUCUGUUCCAUGUUUUUUAUUUGUGUUUUAUAUUUAAUCCUUUUCAGAUCUUAGUAUGAUUUUUAACCCCUUCACUGCCCGUCCAUCAGCAAUACUUCCAGAAGGCCUGGUUCUGAUAAAGUGUACAGUUUGAGGAUGGGCUCAUGUCUGCACUAUUAGCUGUUAGCUGCUAGUCUGCUGCAUGUCUCUGCACUGUCACAUUGAUCCCAGGGCUAAACAUUUUUAUAAGAUGUCUUAAUAUUGAAACUGUUUUUAGACUAACAGUUGUCUGUCUCUGUUCCGUUGUGAUGAAGCCUGGCAUUCAUCCCAUUCAAAAGCAUGUUAAGUUGUCGAUCUGCUGUAUCUUUUGCACUGCAAUGCCAGUGGUUUGUGCAAUCUAGGGACAAUGAGAAAUCCAAACUGUAAAUAUGACUGAAAUAAAUCAAAGAUGAAUAUAAAAUGA